AUGGACGCGUUGGCCGUCGCGGCGGUCCUGCUGCUUGCGCUCAAGGCGGCCGUCUGCGUGGACGCGGCCGCCAACGUGGACAUCGGUCGCGGCGUGGACGUGCUCCAGCGGUUCGGCAUCAUCGGCGACGUGCUGUACGGCGACGUGUCCAACACCAAGGAGUCGGUCACCCACGACAUAAUCGACGGGGCCGAUCGUUUCACUGAAGUCUUAAAUGUGACAAAAAACCAUACAAAUCUACUAAACAUCACGUUUUGUCCAGAUUUGGACUGCCUAUUUGACGUAUAUUUUGAUGGCUUUCAAGUUGAUCUAACCGAUAAACCAUGGAAACUGUUGACAACAAGUAGAUCACGACAUAUGGUAUCUGAACGUUUUGGUGUACCUGAUAUAGCAAUGGGAUUCGGACAAAAAUUCGUAAUUGUGUCUUAUAGGCGACCGGUGAAACGUAUUAAAACAUUUGAUAACUUUACACAAGUAGCAGAACUAAAAUCAACAAUAUCCGACAAAUUUAAAUGUAUGUCCAUUGGUAUAGAAUCCAUGGUGACGGAUUUUAUUACAGAGCAUGGAUCACAUUAUAUUGAUGAAUACACAUUAGGAGAUACUGUUUUCCAGGUGUUGGUGUAUCUUCCGGUGUUCUACAACAAGUUCUACAAGUGCGUGCUCAACAACUGUUCGGAAGCGGACACGGUGUUAUUGCUGUCACCACUGUACACCGAAUACCAGGGGCAUGUGAUGAGCGUCGGGUCCAACGCUGUGGAGAAAUGGGUCGACACCAACCUACAGGUCGAGUCCAAGGUGGGCCAGUCGUAUAUCAGCCUAUACGCUCUCAAGAACCGACCUGAGCUGUGCAACGAGAUCGUCGCCUUAAUGGACGAGCAGUCGGUGGUCGGGCUGCACCUCAAAGUCGUGUCCACGUUCCUCGCCGAGCCAGUCAAGCGGAAAUGGUUCACCGAGGUGCUGGACAACCAUGUAAAACUCCGCGAAGUCAACCUUUGA